GCUGCGGCUUCAAUGUUGCUGUGAGGCGUGCAUACUGUCAAUCCAUCUGAUGAAGAACUUGCUGAAUCAGCAGUUGUGAUAUGUGAAACUUCUGCAACAUGUGGUGUGCUGUGUAUACAACUAAGGAAGUGAAUGGUUUGCGAAAUAUGGGUGAAGUUGCACCUGUCGGGCAUGCAUGUUGAAGGGAAGACAUGAGGAGAGAUGUGCAAGAGAUAUUCAAGAUGACUCCUCAUUAAAUUCAAGUUAUGAUGUUUUCUGCAACACUCAGCAAGGAAAUUCAUCCUGUUUGCAAGAAAUUUAUGCAAGAUAUCUUGGGAAACAUGAAGAAAGAUCCAGCGCCGUUGAUGUUGUCUACUAUUACAAAGAAACUGCACGAGCUCGACUAUGUGCUUAAGGUAAAUAUAAUGUGAUUAACAAAGAGUCUUUUGGAUUAUCACACUUUUUACAUAUGUUUACAAGAUGAGGGUUUCUUUUUGUAUCCUAUAACAUUUAAAUGUUAUUCAAAUCAACCAGGUUCGGUAGGUUGCUAUGAUUUGUAUAUGGAACCCUUUUGAAGAUAAGUUCUUUGCUAAAGCUAAUUAGUCUUUAUGAAAAACCUGCUGAGUUAUGCAGAUCAUACCUCUGGAAUUUUGAUUGUUGUACACUUAUACAUCCUUAUAAUGUUUCUUUGACAGAUUUAUGCAUUAGAGGAUGGUAAAGCACGUUCUAUGUGGGAGGAAAUAGGAGGUCAAAUCUCAAUCCUAAGUCCUGACAGAUAUGGCCAUAUUGAUUGGUCAAUCUUUGAAGGUAUUAUUGUAAACUCACUUGAAGCAAAAGAUGCUAUUUCAAGGUAUGUUAGACGAAUUGUUUUUGAAGGAGGACUCAUUGUAGAUCCAGAUCAGGGGGAGUUUCUCUGCCCUGUAUGUCGUGGACUUGCAAAUUCAGCAUUUCCUGCAUUACCUGGAGAUUCUCAAAAGGUUUCUAGACCACCAAUGGUUUCAACUGUCAGUUGGCCAGAUGCUACAGGCCAAUUAUCCUCUGCAAACAGGGAAACUAAUUUCCAUCGCUUUCAGGAAGCCUUGUCUCUUUUACAUAGUGCUGCUGAUGUUGCUGGGAGGAGUGAAAUCCUAAAAGCUUUUCCAAUGCAUCGAAAUGGAAGGAUAAGACCAAAUCCUGAAUCCAUGUUUCGUGUACUAUUUGGAAUGUAUUUUCCAAGCAAACAGGAUAGGAUUUCAGGAUCUGCAAGGGUAAGCCACUCGGUAAUUAUGUGGGACACUCUUAAGUACUCUCUUAUUUCAGGAUUUGCUGAUGGUCUGCUGGUCUGCUGCUGCUGCUGCCGGUGUGCUGCUGCAGAAUUUUGCUGGGCUGCUACUGCUGCAAUGUUGCUGUAA